AUGGCAACAUCCGCCGAACCCUCCAAUCUAAAAAGCCAACUUCAUGUCAGAGCUAAAGGUGAUGACAAGUGUCCCAGCCACAGGAAAAACCAAGUGGUAUUUUUAUGUCAGGACUGUAACACCCUGAUUUGUGCUACCUGUUCCAUUACAACACAUAGAAAUCAUUUUAGCAGUUUCGCCGAAAUUUCGGAAACUACUCAACAAUACAAAAAUAGACUUCAGGAAUUUGUUAAUGAAAAUGAGAACAUAAGAAUUCCGAAUCUUAAUGAAGUACAGAUAUCAACCAAGGAACGUCUUUCAACUUUAAAACUUAAAUACAAAAACAUUCGUGAUAAGAUGAGAUUAGAACGAGAUCAAUGUAAAGAUCUAUUAGAUAGAAUAACAGAGGAUUACCUAACAUCAUGUGACAAGAUGGAGGACGCAGAAACAGGGCUACUUACGUCACUCAUCACAGACCUUGAUGAGAGGAUAGACACUUUGGUAAAACUUUCAUCAGAGUGUAAGCAGACCCUCCAGACAGGAUCUGAUGUACUAGUGUAUGACUCGGCAACAGAAGUCCAAGACAUGGACAUCAACAUCCCACGGAUACCCGACACAGGUAUGAUAGAGUUUACUCCAAGUAAGGACAAGCUAAGUCACCUGAAGCAGGCCAUGGGGGUGAUAGAGACAUCUACUGACAAUUUCCGGGCAGUAUCAGCAAGUGGUGGGCACGAUAACCGAUGUCCAGUUGUGAAACAAAACCAGUCUACAAAGCUUGACCAAACGUCCACUGAGGCUCUACAGCACUUUCAAAAGUGUAAUAAUCCAACUAUUAAAUCCAAGUUCCCAUACAGGGAUAAGAUUUCAUCAAUAUGUCCUACACCUGAUGGACGUGCCUGGCUGUGUGAUUUUGACAACAGAACAGUAAAGCUCAUCAAAAAGAAAGGUAAAGUCCUACAGCAGAUACAACACAACAGUAACAUCACAGAUAUCAGUCUGGACCCCACCACAGGUCGUCUGUGGUUCUGUUGUAGAGUGGAGAGGACUAUCUAUGAAGUAUCUACAUCAUCUACACCAGUCCGAAGAUUUACUACAGAGUAUGAUCCAUGCCGACUGUGUGUGACCAGGGAGGGACUAGUAGUGGUGGGAUCACGUGGUAACCUGGGUUACAAGGUGACGAUGUACACCGCAAAUGGCCAGGUGUUACACACAGCCAAUGUAGAGGAGUCAGGAACGGGUGUGGUACAAUCCAUUACACAGUGUCCUGUUACAGGUAACAUAGCUGUAGUGAGUCGUAAACUAAUCAGUGGAGACCAUCGUGAUCCAGACAACUACAGGCGUCACGUCAUUGUGUAUAACCCAACACUCCAGCCUCUGGUCCACUACCGUGGGGAGGGGAUACAGACACUGGAGACGGUCACACCUGAAAAGUUUGGUCCGAUCACAGUGGUAUACGACAGUUAGGGUAAUAUUGUUAUUGCUGACUGGAACAGGAAAACAAUAGAACUAAUAACUGGAGAUGGGAAGUACAUAAAAACACUCCACACAAACAAAGGACAACAAGGAGUAGUAGGUAUACAGAGGGAUGAUGUGUUGUGGUCACGCGUAGUGUUAGAUACUGGAGAGUGGGGACUCAAACUCCUCAAGUAUUAUGGUGACUAA